AAGAAACUACGCGGAUAUUGCUGGCCGCAAAAAAGGGCUGCCGGGCUUAGCUUUGCCGACCUGGGAGAGGCCAUCGGGCGAGACGAGGUGUGGGUGGCUGCGCUGCUGUACGGACAGGCCAGCGCGCCGCAGGACGAGGCCCUCAAGCUGGCGGAGAUACUGGGCGUCAGUCCGGAAGUCGCGGAGGAACUCACCCAUCCCCCGGUGAAAGGGCUGGGCCCGGUGGUGCCCACCGAUCCCCUGAUCUACAGGUUCUACGAGAUCAUGCAGGUCUACGGCAUGCCGCUCAAGGACGUGAUCCACGAGAAGUUCGGCGACGGCAUCAUGAGCGCCAUAGACUUCACCAUGAACGUGGACAGGGAGGAGGACCACGAGCACGGCGACCGCGUGAAGGUCACCAUGUCGGGGAAGUUCCUUCCUUACAAGCGCUGGUAG